AAAAAAAAUCCGGGAAAGUACAUUCAUGCUCGUAACGUAUAUAACGCAAUUCAAAUAAACCGGAUUCAAAAAGAGUCAAUAAGUGAUGCUGGAGCUAUGUAUCUGGAACUCUUAAAACAACAAAAAAUGGAUCCUACUUUUUACAUUAGUGCAUAUUUUGAAGCGCGAUUCCAUGACAUUGUUCUACUUGACUCCACUGCAAAAAUGAAUCGCCAUUCAAUGAUAUUGUGCGUUAUUAUUUUAAUAGAUAAUCAUAAUCGCUCACGUCUUGUGGCGACUGCUGUCGUCUCAGAUGAAACAAAAGAUACAUACAUUUGGAUAUUCGAGAAUAUAAUUAAGGCAACUGGUGGGUUGGCACCACGUUUACUCUAUACAGAUGCUGAUCCCGUGAUGAUUGCGGCGGUAGAUAGUUGCUUGCCAAUGACAAAACAUCACUUCUGUCUAUUCCAUAUCCAUAAAAAUUUAGAGAAGCACUUUCUUGGUAAAUACCAUGAUAAUUGGAAAAAAAUUUUUAAUGACUUUUGUUAUGUACGAAAUAGUCGAAGUGAAUUAGUUUUUGAGAAAAGAUGGUGUGAAUUGUUAUACAAAUAUACCGAUGCCUCUAGUUAUCUGAAUUCUCAACUCUAUCAACACAGGGAGGCUUGGGCUCUGUGCUUUACACACCGUGCAUUCAAUGCCAGUGUGCAAAGCACACAACGUGUUGAAUCAUAUAAUGGAAUAAUCAAAACUCAAGUAAAUGGGCUUUCAUCUCUUUUGGAAUUGGAAAAUAGUAUAAAGAGAUUAUUGGAAAGAGAGAGCCGUUUUACACGUAUUAAUAAAACCAUUGGCCUACUUCCUGUAAACCGGGAUGAAAGUUUCUAUAAUAAAUAUUUUAAUAAUAUCGAUACAUCAAUUCAGAAGUUCUUAACACCGGCAAUUCUGAAACUCCAACGGGAUGAGAUUAACCGUAGCAUUCAUUAUCGGUGUUAUAUUGCCAGCUUGAAAGAUGAACUUAGGAAUAAUGCCGAUGCAGAAUCACCAAAUGGGAUGUUUUCAGAGGAUAUGUUCGAUGCAAACGUAAUUAAAUUGGAACAGCUAAUCGCUG